GAGGUGCUCCGCACUCUCGGCGCGGACGUCGGCGUCGUCGUCGCUGCUGCUGCUGCUGCUGCGAUGGAGGCGGCGGCGAGAGUGGCGAGGUGAGUUGGACGGUCGCCUCCGUCUCUGCCGUGACCAACGAACGCCAAUUCCUGUCACCAUCGUGGGAGAUAUAACAAAGUACACAACUAAUAUAUCAUGAUUGUUUUGUGUAUAUCACUCUAUGGAGUUUUGUGUCGAAUUCCGACCCAUAUCUCGCACAAAGAGAGGGGCUCACUGCCUACAAAUAUCUGGUAGGUCACCAGCAUUGGUCACAGCGAGCCUGAAUGUUGAUUUGUAACUUUCAUCCUUGCCUACUACGUGUCGAUAGUUCGAUGUUAUUGAGGGACUGUGUUGUUGUCUUGGUGUGAUCAGUGACUAUUUUCCUCUUGUUUUGAUGCCUUGUCCAAGUUUGGGAAUUGAUGUACUUAAGCAAUUUGGACGUGUUAACUUUCUUUGUAUUUAUUAUUAAUUACUUGCUUACCUUCCCUAUACUUUGUGUUGUUUGUUGUAACUUUCUGACCAGUCCCUACUGGACAUGUGAAAAAGAGCUUCAGGGCUCAUCGGAUUUCUCCAGGAUAAUUAAAGAUGCUGAUGAGACGCUGAAUUGUGAAACGGGUCCAGUUUGUGUUGAUCCGAUGCUCUUGAAAUGAUGCACUCCCAUAAGGUCGCGUGGCUGGUGCGAUGCGCUUUCACUUUUAUUUAGUUGAAACGGGAUUAAACACUGAAAAUAGGACACAUUACUCUGAACGAAAGUGCAUAAACUUUUAAAAUCUAUACAAGUACAAUUGAAGCUAUGUUGCAGAAACGUCAAAUUAAAUGCUUCGUGUGAAUAUGUACUAACACACUGCUGUGGUGCAGCCAGCCAGAUCGUGUUGUUUCUUGUGGAGUCGUUGUGACGAGGUGCACGGGGUUUGAGUUCACGAGGCGUCACGCGAAGCGCGCGUGUCGGGAGUCCAACCGAGUCGAUCUACGGACGUGCCACCCCGGGGAGCACGAACUGUCCACGAGAAGCCCAGACCACGAGCGUGUCCUCGUGUCUCCUGUGCUUCGAGUCGUUGUGACCCCCCCCCCCCCCCCGUGUGUUUACAGAGACACGGCCGAGGAAACCGCUUCGCGUUUCACCGCCGACUGCUUUAAACAAACCUCGCCCUUGCCCCUUUGUCGGCAAUUAAUGCAAAACCAAUUCACGUCACUCAAACUGGCUGCCAAUGUCAGCAAAACCAGCGUGUGCGCUUCUCCCCAAAGAAAACUCUGCUCUCGUUUCCACCUCCAAUUACGCUGUUUGGAAACUGCAGCGUUAAACAAUUGAACCACCCACCCCCACUCACCACCCACUCACCACCCACUCACCACCCACUCACCACCCACUCACCACCCUGCAGGUCUCGACUCAACCACCCACUCACCACACUGCAGGUCUCGACUCAACCACCCACUCACCACACUGCAGGCACAAAUCAAUCACCCACUCACCACCCAGUCACCACCCUGCAGGUCUAGACUCACUCACCACCCACUCACCACCCUGCAAGUCUAGACUCAACCACCCACUCACCACACUGCAGGCACAAAUCAAUCACCCACUCACCACCCAGUCACCACCCUGCAGGUCUAGACUCACUCACCACCCACUCACCACCCUGCAGGUCUCGACUCAACCACCCACUCACCACACUGCAGGCACAAAUCAAUCACCCACUCACCACCCAGUCACCACCCUGCAGGUCUAGACUCACUCACCACCCACUCACCACCCUGCAAGUCUAGACUCAAGCAACCCACUCACCACACUGCAGGUCACACCUCAAUCACCCACUCACCAUCCACUCACCACACUGCAAGCAACCCACUCACCACACUGCAGGCCACACCUCAACCACCCACUCACCACCCACUCACCACACUGCAGGUCUAGACUCAAGCAACCCACUCACCACACUGCAGGCCACACCUCAACCACCCACUCACCAUCCACUCACCACACUGCAGGUCUAGACUUACCAGCCACCCACUCACCACCCACUCACUUACAGUACUCCGGUGUUUACAAAUUGAGUUGUAUCUGCGGUGACUGCUAUAUCGGGGAGACGAAACGACAUAUUUCUGACCGAAUUCGCGAGCACAAAUCAGAUUUGAAGCACGGCAGAACGAAUUCUUCGGCCGUAGCUGAUCAUUGUUUCAACACAGCGGGUUCUCAUGAUAUUGUUUUCUCCGAUACCAAAGUGCUCUGCAAACCUCCCGGAUACUACCAAAGAUGUGUCCACGAAGCCAUCCAGAUAUACAAACAUAGACACAACUUCAACCUAGAGGAUGGUUUUAAAUUGAGCAAUCAUUGGAAAGAUGUCAUCAACCAAGUCAAAGUUUAGCUGCCUUGUAAUUGUACAGCCAUUUCCAUUUCUUACAGUUGGUCACUUUCGUUUUUGACAACCGCUCGCCAUCGCCUCUCCGUCCCCCUGAACCCCCUGCAGCAUAACAAAAGGCGGCUUAACGUAGCCCCCCCCACGGCCCCUUCCUGGCUCCCCCCCCUUAACCUGUAUAUAAUCUCGUGUCUCUUAGAGCUCUCUUCACUUGAUACAGUCAUUUUGCUGUGACGGUUUCCACCUGAAGACGGAAGCUUGUGUUGCCUCCGAAACGUCGUGAUUUAAUUUAGUUGUUUUUAUUUCUUUUUAAUUAUUUUUUUACCUACGUGACUUUACCGAAAAAAACUAAGAGUAUGAAUCCUUGCAGUCACGAAAGCUUCAAAUCUAGAAUUAUAAAAAUCUUGCAUGUGGCUGGUUACUUGACAUUUUGGGCCUUUGGGCUUGUGCUCAGAAACUGUUUCAAUCAUGUGUCGAUUUACAUACCAUUUACACACCGUUUACAUCCACACCGCCACUAUGUGUGCUAGCGAGCAGGAUGGCAAGGCGCGCGUGGUGGAGCCAGGCGGAGGGUGGCACAGCCGCUGGCAGCUCGUGGCUUGUGUCGCCGUCGUCUACAACUGGCUCGCCGUCGUCUGCAGGGCGAGCUUCCCAGACAUCCAGAGGCAGCACGGCGCGCUGCUGCUCCCCGUGGACUUCCUCUGCGACGCCGUCUACCUCGCGCACAUGGCGCUUGCGAGCCGCACUGGUUUUAUGGAGCGUGGGUUUCUGGUAACGGACACGGCCAGGAUCCGUGACCGCUACUUGCGGUCAUCACGGUUCAAACUCGACGUCUUGUCCGUCCUCCCGACGGACAUCCUCUACCUGUGGGUCGGCACAAACCGCCCCGAGUUGCGGUUCAACCGCCUCCUGCGAGUCUCGUGCGUGUUCGACUGUUUCGACCAAAUCGAGACGCGGACGAAAUACCCGAAGAGCUUCCGCAUCUUCAAGCUGGUCGUGUACAUCUUCGUCAUGGUCCACUGGAACGCGUGCGUCUACUUCCUGCUCUCCGCCCACAUCGGUUUUGGCACCGACGGCUGGGUCUACCCCAACACCUCGACGGACACGCUCGCGCCCACGGCGCACCAGUACCUGCACUCCCUCUUCUUCUCGUCGCUCGUCCUCUUCACCGUGGGCAACAUGCCCCAGGCCGAGCGGGACGCGGAGUUUGCCUUCACGGUCGUCGACUUGCUGAUCACUGUAUUCGUGUUCGCCACCAUCGUCGAGUACAUCUCGGGCAUCGUCUUACGGGACAAAGCCGACGUGCGGUUCAUAGCAAACUUCUGCGAGGUGAGAAAGUACGUCGAGCGUCACGGCAUUGGGCGGGAGACGGAGCGCAGGGUGGUGGCCUGGCUCGAGUUCCUGCACUUCGGCAAGAAGGCGCUCGGCAGCGGGGAGGAGGAGGAGGCAGCGCUGCGGCGGCUGCCCAUCACGCUCAGGGCCGCCAUCGCCAUCGACGUGCACAUGCACACGCUGCGCAAAGUGGAGCUGUUUCGCAACUGCGAGAUGGGGCUGCUGGAGGAGCUGGUGCUGAAGCUGCGGCCCAAGCUCUACAGCGCGGGGGACUACGUGUGCCGCAAGGGCGACGUCGGCAGGGAGAUGUACUUUGUCAAGGAUGGGAACCUGGCGGUGGUCGCGGACGACGGCGUCACGCUGCACGCCAUCUUGGCGGAGGGCAGCUACUUUGGCGAGAUCAGCCUCCUGAACAUCUCCGGCAGCAGAGCGGGCAAUCGGCGCACGGCAAACAUCAGGAGCAUCGGUUACUCGGACCUAUUUUGUCUCUCGAAGGGCGACUUAGAAGAGGUGCUGUGCGAAUACCCCGCGGCACGCGACAUCAUGGAGGAGAAGGGCAGGCAGAUCUUGGCGGGCAUGGCCCUUCUGAGCGACGACGUCGCCGCGCCUCCCGGCGGCGGUGGCGGCGGCGGCGGCGGUUGCUGCGCGAUCCCUGGGGCAGCCCUGGGCGACGUGGAGCGCUCCGUGGGGGCCCUGCAGGUGCAGGUGGCGCGAUUGCUCGCGGAGCACCGCUCCAUGCAAAGGAGAAUGAACGCGCGGCUCUGCGAGCUGGAACGCAUCUGGGGCGAAGCAGAUUCCCACGAGGGUAGCAGUGGGAUCGAUUAAUUUGUGGGCUCUGACAUCAACACGCAGGACACUGAAUAUACUUCUUGCAUCAGAAUAAAAUAAUAAUAAUAAUCGAGCACGUUGGGUAUUGGCGCGAUCGUUCUUAUCGCGCAGGGCAAUCAUCACAAAGGGAGUCACCAUUGUUUCGCAGAUAAAGUCUGCAGUAGUUUCGCAAUAGGGGAGGAUGUUGCUCCUGUGUCUUAUCACAAUUGAGUAAUUAGCGGUGUAAUUUUGACAAAUUUUGACCAUGAAGCCAGCACGCAAUGGCCUACUUUUCACGAACGAAAUCACAGGAUCUUUAACAUCUGUGAAGCAGACCGCACGCAUUUGUAAUGACGACACCCGCAGUUAUAACCAGGGCGGCCUGCCAGAACCAAACCGUGAACCUCUGCAACGAGUGGUCAAUGCGCUACCGCUCAAUACUAUCACUUUGGUUAUAUAUAUAUAUCAUGUAUCACUUGCACCACUCUUAAGUGUUGAAUACGUUGAUGUGUUAAUUAUAAUCAUUGUUGGGGGUGGCUGCUUCCUCCAGAGGCUUCGCGCACUUACUUCUUGGGUGCAAGAUGAAUAAACACACACUGACUUCUUGGGUGCACGAUGAAUAACACACUGACUUCUUGGGUGCACGAUGAAUAAACACACACUGACUUCUUGGGUGCACGAUGAAUAAACACACUGACUUCUUGGGUGCACGAUGAAUAAACACACACUGACUUCUUGGGUGUAUGAUGAAUAAACACACACUGACUUCUUGGGUGCACGAUGAAUAACACACACACUGACUUCUUGGGUGCAUUAUGAAUAAACACUCCCCGACUUCUUGGGUGCAUGAUGAAUAAACACACACUGACUUCUUGGGUGCACGAUGAAUAAACACACACUGACUUCUUGGGUGCAUGAUGAAUAAACACACUGACUUCUUGGGUGCACGAUUAAUUAACACACUGACUUCUUGGGUGCACGAUGAAUAAACACACUGACUUCUUGGGUGCAUGAUGAAUAAACACACACUGACUUCUUGGGUGCACGAUGAAUAAACACUCACUGACUUCUUGGGGAGAUGGCAUUUUAGCCAGUCCCUUCUCCGGUGGCUAAUUCCUCCAAAUUUUUAAGAUCCGCCCACUGAAUUUGGAUGAUUUUUAAUGAAUAAACACGCACAUACUCUUUGGGUCUUUCGGUAAAGCCACGUUGAUAGAAAAAUAAAUAAAAAUCACGACGUUUUGCUCGCAACACAAUCGUCUUCAGGUGAAAAAAUACAGCAGGCGGACUGCCUCAGUCCUCGUGUGGACUCAGCAGUCCGCCUGCUGUGUUUUUCCACCGGAAGACGAUUGCUCGUGUUGCGAUCGAAACGUUGUGUUUUAUGUAUUAUUAUUACUAUUUUUCAAUCUACGUGAUUUUACCGAAAGACCUAAAGAGUAUGCAUUCCUGUAGUCACGAAAGCUUUAAGUCAAGAUUUAAACACGCACACUUGAUGGUGGGGUACACUAUGGAUAAACACGCACACUUGACUGGGGUACACUAUGGAUAAACACACUUGACGGUGGGGUACACUAUGGAUAAACACCCACACUUGACUGAUGGUGGGGUACACUAUGGAUAAACACGCACACUUGAUGGUGGGGUACACUAUGGAUAAACACACUUGAUUGGGGUACACUAUGGAAACUUGUCCAGCUGAAUCGAAGUGGAAACUUUUUCACAGGAUCCGAGACAACCGGACUACUCUCGCGACCAGGUGCAUGGCUCCGUGUCUCCUCGUGUAUGUGUCCACGUAUCUCCGUGUCCCCACGUGUCUCCAUGUCUCACCGUGUCUCUGCAUGUAAGUGGAUGGAGUCCACACGAGGACUGGUAAGGGGACCUUAUUGUUCCAGCAGCACGACUCCCGCCACACACUCAUGGCGGGAAUCGUGUUGCUGGUACAUCCCCGUCCCUUCUGGGACCUUCCAAAAGAUGAUUUUACAUUAAAGGGGGGAAAAGGGGAUUAACUCAACACGAAUGAGCGGUGUUAUUCAUGUCAAGUGAACAGCACAACAUCAACGCAAGAAAGUGAAGACACCGCGUGUGUCUGCGUGUGUCUUCUUGUGUCUCACUGUGUCAGGGCGUUUGUCUGCAUGUCUCGGCUUGAUUCUGUAUUCCGCCUUUGUUUACAAAGAAUCUGGACGCAAGCUUUAGCCCAUUGCGGAUUGUAAUUUCCGUAUUGCCCCUUGUGGAUCGUCUAUUGUUGCUUAUUCCGUUUUGUGUAUUGCAUAUUGCAGAUCGCGCAUUACCGAUGGUGCAUUAACUAUUGACGAUUUCUAAUUGCCUGUCGCUUAUUGCCUUUGGGCAACACCCUCGUAUUUACUUGGAGAUGGGGCCGCACGCCACGGGAGGCGAAUAACGCGGCUCAUGGGUGUUGGUGAAUUACUCGGCUCAUGGGUGUUGGUGAAUUACUCGGUCCAUGGGUGUUGGUGAAUUACUCGGCUCAUGGGUGUUGGUGAAUUACUCGGUCCA